UCAGGGCACGCGGAGCCAUCGUAGGAAACGAACAUCCUGCCACUGAGAGCGGAAGGAAGAAAUACCGUAGUGUAACGUAGAACCGAGGGGGGGGCAAUUUCCUACGCUGGAGAGGUCCUUUUUUCCUCACGGGCAUGACCAAGUGUUUUAAGUAGUGCCUGUCACCAUCUCCCUUUUCACACAAAGGCCAGCCAAUGAACCAGGACAGUGACCUCGAGAAAAGCGAGUUGGUUGAACUAUUUACAGGACAGGAUACCGGAGUCGAUGUUUUCAAUCGGGCAAUUACCAAAGACAGCCUUCUAGUAGCGCCAUUUUGAAAGGCUAUUGGGCUUGGAAGAUUGGUUCUCGGUUGUAAGUGGAGCGUCAGCUUCUGGUUGGCUGAAGAUUGAACCAAUGGGAGCUCUGCGAAGGCUGGGAAAGAACACAGGCGGAAACUGUAUUAGUUGCUAGUCAUGGCUCUGCCUCCAGAGAAAGCCUCGGAGUUGAAACAGAUCAUUCACCAGCAACUGACCAAGAUGGAUGUGCACAGCAGGAUUCGAGAAGUGCUUGCUGAGACCAUACGUGAAGAAUUGGCACCUCAAUAUCAGCAGCUAUCCCAGGAAGAUCUGAUGAAAGCCCUAAUACGGCGAGGAAUCAUUGAUGAUGUUAUGAAAGAACUCAGCUUUGUAACAGAUAUGAAUGACAAAGAAAUGACUUCAACUCCUAAGCCCUCUACUCAUUUUGUUGAUCGACAGUCAGCAGUACUGAGAAAAACAAAUAUUGACCCAACACGAAGGUAUCUUUAUCUUCAGGUUUUGGGUGGAAAAGCUUUUCUGGAGCAUCUUCAGGAACCUGAACCUUUGCCUGGUCAAAUUUGUUCUACUUUUACUCUCUACUUACAUUUUCGAAACCAACGGUUCCGCUCUAAACCUGUCCCAUGUGCCUGUGAACCAGAUUUCAGUGAUGGUUUUCUACUUGAAGUAUAUAAGGAAAGCUUAGGUGAAGCAAGUAAAAUGGUGGAUGCAACAACUAUGCUAUCAAUUUGUGAUCCAGUGCAUAUUGUCUUGAUCAAAACAGACAUGUCUGGUGAGACCACACUAGUUGCAUCCUAUUUCUUAGAGUGGCGGUCUGUCCUUAGUGCAGAGAACAGAAUAACAAAUAUAGCUGUUGAACUUCUGGGUGUAGGUACAGAAUCAAAGGUUUCUGUUGGAGUACUUAACAUGAAGCUUGAAAUGUACCCAACUCUAAAUAAGACACUCUCUCAGGAAAUAGUUAAUACUCAAUUUACUUUGGAACGCCAGAAAACAGCUGAAAAAGAACGUCUGUUUCUUGUGUAUGCUAAGCAGUGGUGGAGGGAAUAUCUGCAGAUUAGGACUUUGCACAACACAAGACUGGUGAAAAUUUUUGCACAGGAUGAAAAUGGAAUAAAUAGACCAGUAUGUUCGUACGUCAAGCCACUUCGAGCAGGUCGACUUCUAGACACACCCAGGCAAGCUGCCAGGUUUGUCAGCGUGCUUGGUUAUGAAAGAGCCCCUAUCAUUGGCGGAGGAAAUAGUAAGCAAGAACAGUGGUGUACUCUUCUGGCUUUUCUGUGUAGAAAUAAGGGAGACUGUGAAGAUCAUGCUAACCUUUUGUGCAGUCUUCUGUUGGGAUUUGGGCUGGAAGCUUUUGUCUGUGUAGGAACAAAGGCUAAAGGAGUCCCUCACACAUGGGUAAUGACUUAUGGAAUUGAUGGAAUAAUCGUUUUUUGGGAGAGUUUAACAGGGCAUAGAUAUAUCCACAAUCCUAUUAAACCUGAGGACCCUCCAAUAGUUGAACAACCCAAGCUCCUGUAUCCUUACCGAACAAUAGGAUGUGUCUUCAAUCAUCAGAAGUUUUUGGCAAACUGCCAGCCUACUGAUGCUGUAGAAGUCUGUGCCUUUGACCUACAUGAUGAAUCCAAAUGGAAACCAAUGAGUGGAGAAGCAAUCAAAUCUGUGUGUUCUCCAGGGGCCACAACUGCACUUCCGCCUUUUCCUCCUCUCUGUGCUUCCACCAUAGAUGCUGCAGCAGCAAGCAACGAACUAGAGUUACAACUGAGAGUGUUAGCGGUGGAACACAGGAAGGACCUUGGUCUUACAACAGUUUGGGAUGACCAACUAUCUUAUCUCUUGUCACCAGCCUUGGCAGCCUAUGAAUGUGAACGUACCACAGGUCUUUCUUCAGGAAAUGAGGAAUUUCAAGAUGCCAUUAGGAGAGCAGUACCUGAUGGGCACACAUUCAAAGGGUUCCCCAUCCAUUUUGUGCAUAAAAAUGCAAGGAGAGCAUUUGCUGCAUGCCUUCGGUCUCCAUUUUGCGAAGAAAUAUUGUGCUGUAGAGGGGACCAAGUGCGACUUGCAGUUCGUGUCAGAGUUUUCACAUAUCCUGAAUCUGCAUGUGCUGUAUGGAUCAUGUUUGCUUGCAAAUACCGUUGUGUGCUCUAAGAACCACUUGAACUUUUAGCUGAAAUCCUGUGCAUUUAUGCCAAAGCCUACUGAGGUCAAAGACCUCUGCACAUUGAGUCAGGCUUGCAUCCCGAUCCUGAACAAAUUUACUUGAAAGUAAAUGCUAUUGGGUUGUACUCAAUGCUGUUGUUACGCUGCACAGACUUUCCCUUAUGCAGCGGAAAUUAUCUUAUCUUCUCCUCCCCCUUGUGCAUUCUCAAAAUCUAUUCCAGGGGGUUGCGGGAGCAGAUUUUGGGGGCACAUGGGACAAUAAGAAAGAAAGGUCCCAUUGUGCAAGUGGAACUCCACACAGUGUUGGAUAAAACCCAUUGAUUUCAGUAGAACAUUUAUCUAAGUGUGCUUAAGAUCAUAACCUUAAACUAUAGUGUCCGUAUGAGGAGACAAUAAUAAAUACUAUUCUAGUGUGUAAUGGUACACCGCUACGAUAUAAUAUUAAGAGUUUUGGCUGUGUGAUUGUAUUUAAAGUAUCAUGGCAGAAAAUCUUUGUAUAAAGUAAUUAAUGUAAUGUACAUUAUAAAUAAAAUACACAUUUUUAUGUAAUAA